CACACACACACACACACACACACACCGUGAAGUGGCAGUGAAACCGGCACCUUUGGACAACACAGAACAUUUAAAGCUUCAGUUAUAACUGCUGAGUGUGAAUAAAAGGAGAAGUUCGAACGAGAGGAAACUCAGAUUAGAUGGAGGGGCCAGUUUGUCUGAUUGAGAACACAAGUGCAGGUGAACUGCAGGUGAACCAGGAAGCCCUGGUGAUUCUGAACUCCAUCAGGCAGCCUGUAGUGGUGGUGUCCAUCGUAGGGAUGUACCGCACAGGCAAAUCUUACCUGAUGAACAGACUGGCUGGGAAGACCACAGGGUUCUCCUUGGGCUCCACUGUCCAGUCUGAGACAAAGGGCAUCUGGAUGUGGUGUGUGCCCCACCCCAGCAGGGAUGACCAGACUCUGGUCUUGCUGGACACGGAGGGUCUGGGGGAUGUGAGAAAGGGUGAUGAGAAGAAUGACACCUGGAUCUUUGCCCUGGCCAUUCUCCUGAGCAGCACCUUGGUGUACAACAGUAUGAGGACCAUCGACCAUCAGGCACUGAGGAGCCUGCACUAUGUGACGGAGCUGACGAACCACAUCAAGGUGAAGUCCAGCAUGCUGGGUGAGGUUGAGACAACCUCCGAUUAUGCCCAGUUCUUUCCCUCUUUUGUGUGGACUGUGAGGGACUUUACUCUGGACCUCCAGUUUGAUGGGACGAGUAUCACCGCAGAUGAGUACCUGGAGAAAUCUCUGAAGAUUCAGUCAGGGAAUUCUCCACAAAUGGCUUAUAGCAAUGACAUCAGCGGCUGCAUCCAAAAUUUCUUCCUGACCCGGAAGUGCUUUGUGCUGAACCGACCUGUCUCCCAGAGCAAGCUGAAAGUCCUUGAUCAACUUUGCAACACUGAUCUGGACCCUGGCUUUGUCCAGCAAGUAACAGACUUCUGUAGCUACAUUUUCAACCAUUCGAAGGAGAAAACAAUCACUGGUGGAGCCGUAGUCACUGGAAGUAUGCUGGGGAACCUGGCGGUGACAUACGUGGAUGCCAUUCGGAGUGGGACUGUUCCGUGUUUGGAGAACGGGAUGGCAGCGCUGUCGCAGAUGAAGAACUCGGCGGCAGUCGAGGAGUCUUUCGCCCUCUACAAGCGGCUGCUGGGAGAGCGGGUGGUCCUGAAUCCCAGGACAGGGGCGAUUGGAGAGGAGGAGCUUUCUGCCAUUCAUGACGUGUGCCUGCAGGAGGCACUCCAGCUCUUUAAGGCCAACUCCUUCAAGGAUGAAGACGAACGCUAUCAGAAAGAUCUCAUUGAGCGGAUAAAGGAGGUGUAUGAUGGGAAAUGUAGUGAGAACGCAGAGCUCUCUCGCUGCCUCUCAUUACUGCAGCAGCUGUCGGGUAAACUGAAUCACGGUUCCUACCUCAGACCUGGCGGAUAUGUAGCCUACAGACUGCAGCUAGACUCCAUAGUUCAACUCUACAGAGCUACACCUGGGAAAGGUGUACAGGCUGACCAGGUCCUUGAUGCCUUCUUAAAGGACCAACAGGAGAACAAGCGAGUCAUUCGGAUGACUGAGAAAGUUCUGGCUCAGCGGGAGAACCUUCUGAGGGAGGACAGAGUCUUAGCUGAGAGGCAUCGAUAUCAAGCAGAAGCAGAGGCGGCUCAGAGGGCAACAAGGAAGAUGGAGCAGAGGUUGGAAGAGCUGAGAGCCUGUGGCGUUCAGAUGGAUCAGUAGGACAGGCAGAGAGGCACCAGAAUCAACACCCAAGAAUUACACUCAGUGCUGGGAAUAAACACCAAAUAAUUACACUGAGUGCUUAGAAUCAGCACCAAAGAGUUACACCCAGUGUUUAAAAUCAGCACCCAAGAGUUAUGCUCUUUAUUAUGAGCUACACUCGGCGUUAAGAAUCAACACAUAAGAGUUCCACUCAGUCAUGAGAAUCAGCACCCAAGAGUUACACUAUAUACUAAAAAUCUAGUGUUUUUGGAGCGGGUCAGUGUGACUGGUUGGUCACUAGCUAAACUAGCACCAACUAAAACUAGCAGGUUUUAGUUGCUGUCCUGUGCUAAACCACCCGAUUCAGCUAUUCAAGGUCAUAAUGAAAGAUUAGAUAUUAAAGUUUAAGUUUAUUUCUCUCAUCAUUUCCUUGAUGAAGGCUGGUUGUCAAAAUGCAAU